AUGGUGAACAGCAGCAGUGGCGGCAGCAACGGCAGCAGCAGCAGUUCUUCAACUUCAAGUAGCUCUCCAGAGACAGAAGUUCAGGCGGAAUGUGUUUCGUCGCCGUCGCAGGCAGAUAUCAAUGGUGAUCCAGUUUGCGAAGAACAAGGCGGUGAAGAUGAUGGCGGUGGCAUUGGUGAAGUUGAUGGUGCGAUCGCGAUCGAAGCAGACCUGGCAGUGGGCGACCAUGCUGGCCAGGCCCAUGAUGCUGGCGAGGCUGAGGCCGAGGCCGAGGCUGCCGAGGCUGGUCACGGUGACGCUGACGCUGAUUCUGGAUCUGAUGAUGAUGCCCUUGUGUUCCGAAGAUUUAAAAUGCAGACAGAAGAUGCCCUGGGCUUUGUGCCACCGUUGGGCCCGUCAAGCCUGCAAGAAGCAUUCGAAUGGCCCAGGAGAUAUGCCAACAAGAUGGUUUCCGAUCCAGAAUGCCUGCAGAGCUUUUGCAAGCUCAUCCGAGACGGUGUUCGAUUCGAGGUUCACGACUCUUUUGCCGGUCUGGGAACCGGCUCAGUCACGUUUAAGCAGUCUCUGAUUGCUUUGGUGCAAAGUGCCAACCAAGAGUUGAGCAAGCAGGGCCGAAGUUCAGAGCAUUUGGUAUUGCCCGAAGCAGUCACAGCCACCGCCUGCGACUGCGACAAGCAUGCGCAGGCCGUGCUCGCUUCGCUUCCGGAGGCUGGGGUUUUCCGCCCCGUGCACAUUCAUGGCGAUUUGAAUGAGAGGCUGACAGAAAGGUGUUUGAAACUUCUGGAUGAAGCUGCCAAGUCGACGCAUUUUGAGCUUGCGACGGUGUUGAGCCUGUCAGAAGAAGCUGCAGACGCCCGUUGGAGGAAGGACCAACGCGAUCCAACGGUUCGGAGGGACCAGGUUCCAGCGAAUAACAAGGAUGGCUCCGACGCUGGGCUGGAAGAGGCCGUCGACAAGGAAGAGUGCAAGAAGUUUUCCGAGAAGAACGAGACGGAGCUUAACUCAUUCAGGAAGCAGAUCCUGAACGAGUUGGACUUGGAGGAUGGCCCUGAUACUGGCGUGCCUUUGACCUCUCCUCCGAGAUCAAGUACUGUCGGUGGGAGUGGUGGUGGUGGUGGUGGUGCCACUGGUUCCAGCAACACCUCUGGAGCCAAUGCCAGGCCCCUGAGCGAUGGGGGACUGGGACUGGUUCUUGACAAGAAGGAGCAGGCGCUGUUGAAGCUCACGCCCGCAGCAUGUGCUGCUCGCCUCCGCUCACAGACAGUGAGGGAGUACACAAGCGCGGAGGCCGCGCUGAUCAAGGCCCUGGCCACAGCAGAGAAAGUGGAGCAGCAGGCAACCGAACUUUACUUGGGAACAAAAGGUUUGGACUUGGGGGCAAAGGAUGGCAAGGAAGAGCGCAUCAGUAACAUGCGCAUGCAUCUUGAUCCGUCCCUGACGCUGUUGCGAUCGCGAGUGAGCAUAGCCAGGCUGAUGAUGGACCGGGAUUCUUCCCUCACGGGUGACAAGAUCCAGAAAUUCAAGCGCCAAGCCAUGGAAGCCCUGAUGGCGGACCCCCAUUUUCGGGAGUUGAAGACGCCAGAGGUUUCUGAGGAGAUCUGCUGUUCUCUCGGGCUGCUAAAAUACUUUCGCGAGAUCAAAAGCAAGCUUUUGCCCAGCACAGCGGUUGUAAUUCAGAAGUUCGCCACCCACAAGCAAGCUUUGCAGCUUCUGACGGCUGUCGCGAAAAGCAUCUCAUGCGAAGCAGAGAAUUGGCGUGCCACUGUGGCAGCAGAAUCCAAAGCCAUCGUAGAUGAGCGCAAGGCUAAGGAGAAGGAAGACAAAAAACGUGCAGCCGAAGAUGCGAAAGAAAAGAAGAAAGAACGUGGUUGGUCUGCAUUGGGUGGACCCGAAAUCGUGUGGGGUUGCGAGCAGGAAGAGAAGAAACGCAAGAAGGAGGAGGAUAAGCAGAAUGCGAAGAAGCGACGAAGCGAUGGGGCCGCUGGGGGCGGCGAUGGCGGCCCCAAAGAUGAUGAUGCCGCGGAUGACGGCGACCAGAAAAACAGAAGUAAGCGAUGCAAAAGGGGACCCAAGCCGGAACAGCUGUCGGAGACGGACCCAGAACUCCUCAAGAACUUCAGGGGCAUCCCGGAAAUGGAGGUUGGGGAAUGCCUGGACCACAUGUUGUUUGCAGUCGCCUCCAACGAGCCCGUCUGCGCCCGUCUGAGAAAAGGGUCGCUGAAGAAGAUGAUGGCGAACGCCAAAGCUGACACACCGCCCAAGGAGGUUCAGAACGGGAUCUCGAAAGUAAUCACCACAGCAAUCACGGAAAUGAUUGAGGAGCUCACUCCGGAGAAGCCGCGGAAAACACAAAUUCUGGAUGACGUGGCUGCGGAAGUCGUGGCAGCAGACAGUCAGGUGAAGCGACUGUGGGAAUCGCAGCCUCGCGAAGCAAGAUACACAUUGUUUGUCGAUCGUAACGCGAUGGAAGCUGUGUCUGACGACAGGCGAGACAAAUUGGACGGGCUGGGUGUUGCCGAGACACACAGCGACGUGAAGCUGUUGAAGGAGGGUGUUCGCAAGUGGAGCUCAGUCUUCCUUUUGGGUGCGAUUGACCAGAACGUUUUCGCUGGCUGGAUGUUAGGCGGAGCAGGCUCUCUGAACUACGUCAUGCAAGGGAACAAACUGUUAGUUAUAGCAGAUUAUGUGGAGAUCCUGGAGUUCAUGCGCCGGGAGCCGCCGCCAGAGUCAGACGAGUCAGAGUCAGCAAAUUUCACGUACCAGGCAGGGCCAGGACAGAUUUAUGCCCUGACGGGCGAUAUCGUGUACGUGCCACCUGGCUGCAUCUGCGUGGAGAAGGCCAUCGGCUCCGUGUUCACCGUGAAGGUGCACACCUGUGACCUGGCAGAAGCGGAUCUGAUCGGUGUUGUGGAUCACGACACCCAUGGAUCUCUGGACAAGCUGCAGCAGGUGUGGCCUGAGAAUGCCGUACUGCGCCAUCUGAUGAAUGCCAUGGAGGAUCUCCAGUUGAUGUGCGAGAGGCGUCCAGCCGAGAUGCGGCUGCGGCCCGGUGCUGCACGCAAGGUUCCGAUUGUGCCCGGGCAGCAAGAUCUGCCAGAGCCAGAGUCGGAGCAGGAACGCCUUGGCAACGUCGAUGAAGAUGCUGCAGCUGCCGCUCAUGAGGGAUCUCAGGCUCAGGACCCGGAUCCGGCCGCAGAGGUUCCGAUUGUGCCCGAGCAGCAAGAUCUGCCAGCGCCAGAGCAGGAACGCCUUGGCAACGUCGAUGUCGAUGCUGCCAUGGCUGCCGCCGCUCCUGAAACUCCGAUUCCAACUCCGACCACGACCGAGCAGCAAGAUCCGCCAGAGUCGCAGCAUGAACGCGUUGGUGACGUUCCUGAGCAGCGCAGAGUCUGGGUCUUCUUAUCGUGCCUUGUGACCGAACUUCCCCAAACUCUGCUCCGUAGUCGUUAG